AGUAUCUGUGUGUAGCUUAAACUUCACUCUCUCUCUCUCUCUCUCUCUGUCUGAUUUUCUCACCGCUAAACACAAACUUAGCCUGAAUUUUGAAGGAAAGUUCUGAAAAUGGCCGAGAAAAGCAAGAUUCUGAUCAUCGGAGGGACCGGAUACAUUGGAAAAUUCAUCGUUCGGGCGAGCGCCAGUUCCGGCCACCCGACGUUUGCUCUUGUGAGAGAAUCCACUGUUUCAAGUCCUGACAAAUCCCAAAUCAUCGAGAGCUUCAAGAGCUCCGGCGUCACUUUGAUCCAUGGAGAUCUGUACGAUCACGAGAGUUUGGUGAAGGCGAUAAAGCAGGUUGAUGUGGUGAUCUCAACCGUUGGUCACGGUCAGUUGGCCGAUCAAGUCAACCUCAUCGCCGCCAUUAAAGAAGCUGGUAAUGUUAAGAGAUUCUUCCCUUCGGAGUUUGGAAACGAUGUGGAUCGUGUCAAUGCGGUUGAGCCAGCAAAAACAGCAUUCGCCAUAAAGGCUCAAGUCCGCAGAGCUGUCGAGGCUGCGGGAAUUCCGUAUACUUAUGUUUCUUCCAACUUUUUUGCUGGCUAUUUUCUUCCAACGUUGUCACAGCCAGGAGCAACAGCUCCUCCUAGAGAUAAAGCUGUUAUCUUAGGGGACGGGAAUCCGAAAGCGAUCUUUAACAAGGAAGACGACAUUGGCACGUAUACCAUCAAAGCCGUGGAUGAUCCGAGAACCUUGAACAAAAUCCUCUACAUUAGACCUCCCGGCAACAUCUACUCGUUCAAUGACCUUGUGUCCUUGUGGGAGAAGAAGAUCGGCAAAACACUCGAACGCAUAUAUGUUCCGGAAGAGGAAGUUCUGAAGAACAUCCUAGAAGCUCCGAUUCCAGUCAAUGUGAUACUGUCGAUCAGUCACUCUGUUUUCGUGAAGGGAGAUCAGACGAAUUUCGAGAUUGAACCAUCAUUUGGAGUGGAAGCAUCAGAGCUUUAUCCUGAUGUCAAAUACACCAGUGUGGACGAGUACCUUAACCAAUUUGUGUGAGAAACUAAACUGAUGAGUGUGUAUUAUUCUAAGCUUCUGUCUGUCUAAAUAAAUCGAUAGAAGAGUUGUUAUCGGGUGAUUAGAAGGAAAGAUGAUGUGCUGAGUCUGUAACCUAUGUCGUUUCAUUUCAGUGAUCGAUAUAUAUAUAAAGGUUUUAUGUGUUGUGAAA